GACAACCCACCUCCGCCGAGCGAAGGUGCUCAGCGCGGCGGCGGGGCUCGUCCUGGAGAGGCGGUCGCCCGAGCCCCGCAGUGCGGCCCGCGGCCUCAUUUCGGGCUGACUGGAACAGGGCGGUCUCAGGGUGUUUAUAUUUUGCAGUAACGAUCGAAAAACAGGUGAAGUUCAUGCCAGGACUUCCGUGGCUGGGACGAGCCCAAACCCUCCAGUGUCUCUUUUUUUUCUUUUUUCCCCACCUCCCUUCUCGCGCCUUCCCUUUUCCCUUUUACAGAAGAUUUUCAGAUGGGCAGCGAGGAGGGUAUCCGCAUCGGGGAGACCCGGUUUCGUGAAUCCCCACAGCCCUGAACUUGGAGGGGGGCUGGCUGUCGGGGAGGGGGCUGCCCAGACCCCGGUUUCCGGGGUCAGAUUGAGUUUCUCCGCCAAGGGCCAGCAGUGCCUCGUGGCGACGUGCGGGCCACGAACUUCCUCCCAGAGGGGGGAACAUUGGGUGUGCUCGUUUCUGUCCCUCGGGCAAAGGUGACAUUUGUUGGAACUUUUAAGGAAGUUGCAAAGAAAUCCGAAACUGUUAGUUGGGCAAUUCCUCUCUCUAGUUGGAUGGGUCGCAUUGCCGGCGUGUGUUCCACCGAGGUCGGUGGGUAGAUGUUGGAGACAUUGGAGUCAUUUUUAAGUUUAAAAAGUGUCUCAGUUUAAAAUGGUGAACUACUCCUACGACGAAGACCUGGAGGAGCUCUGCCCGGUGUGCGGGGACAGAGUGUCUGGGUACCACUAUGGGCUCCUCACCUGCGAGAGCUGCAAGGGUUUUUUUAAGCGGACAGUCCAAAAUAACAAGAGGUACACGUGUAUAGAAAACCAGAACUGUCAGAUUGACAAAACACAGAGGAAGCGCUGCCCUUACUGCCGAUUCCAAAAAUGUCUGAGUGUGGGGAUGAAGCUAGAAGCGGUGAGGGCCGACCGCAUGCGCGGAGGGAGGAAUAAAUUCGGGCCGAUGUACAAGAGGGACAGAGCCCUGAAGCAGCAGAAGAAAGCCCUCAUCCGCGCCAACGGGCUGAAGCUGGAAGCCAUGUCCCAGGUGAUCCAGGCGGUGCCGGCCGAGCUGGGCCUCUCCUCCGCCAUUCAGAACGCCCACCCCGCCGCCAAGGGCCUACCUCUGAGCCACGCCGCCUUGCCUCCCACAGACUACGACCGGAGCCCCUUUGUCACCUCCCCCAUCAGCAUGACCAUGCCACCUCACGGCAGCCUGCAGGGUUACCAGACCUACGGCCACUUCCCCAGCCGGGCCAUCAAGUCCGAGUACCCCGACCCCUACACCAGCUCCCCGGAGUCUCUCCUGGGCUACCCGUACAUGGACGGCUACCAGACCAGCUCCCCGGCCAGCAUCCCGCACCUGAUCCUGGAACUUCUGAAGUGCGAGCCGGACGAGCCGCAAGUGCAGGCCAAGAUCAUGGCCUAUUUGCAGCAGGAGCAGGCAAACCGGAGCAGGCACGAGAAGCUGAGCACCUUCGGGCUGAUGUGCAAGAUGGCAGACCAGACGCUGUUCUCCAUCGUGGAGUGGGCCAGGAGCAGCAUCUUCUUCCGGGAGCUGAAGGUGGACGACCAGAUGAAGCUGCUUCAGAACUGCUGGAGUGAGCUCCUGAUUCUCGACCACGUUUACCGGCAGGUGGUCCACGGGAAGGAAGGGUGCAUCUUCCUGGUUACCGGGCAACAAGUGGAUUACGCUAUGAUAGCAUCGCAGGCUGGGACCACCCUGAACAACCUCAUGAGCCAUGCCCAGGAGCUGGUGGCCAAGCUGCGCUCUCUCCAGUUCGACCAGCGGGAGUUCGUGUGUCUGAAAUUCUUGGUGCUCUUUAGCUUAGAUGUCAAAAACCUGGAGAACUUCCAGCUGGUGGAAGGGGUACAGGAGCAAGUCAACGCCGCCCUGCUGGACUACACCACCUGCAACUACCCGCAGCAGGCGGAGAAGUUCGGGCAGCUGCUGCUACGCCUGCCGGAGAUCCGGGCCCUCAGCGUGCAGGCAGAGGAGUACCUGUACUACAAGCACCUGAACGGCGACGUGCCGUACAACAACCUCCUCAUCGAGAUGCUGCACGCCAAGAGGGCCUGAGCCCCGGCGCCCCUGCCCAGCUCCGCUCCGGGAUCGGGAGGAGGGGCUGGCAGGGGUGGGCGGGGGGAACGGGAAGAACGAAGGAAGGAAAACACUCUGAACUGCUCCCAGCCGCACCAGCGGAAAACUGGACUCCAAGGGACCGAGUUGGAAAAGGUGUAAUAAUCAAAUACUUCAUAGCAAACAAGUGAUGUAUCAGGGUAUUUGUACUGUCAACUGUGAAUCGAGGGCUUCGAGGCCCCCAAGGUGGCCACGGGGGAGGCUGCUGCAGAGUGCAGUGAGCCCUCAGACGGACCCAGGAGACAGAGGGCCGUCCGCGCCAUCGCUGGGCAUUCCAGCGCCCCUCUGCAAGGAAGCCGCUAACUAGGCCCCUGCAGCGGCGAUCUGAGCUCCACAGCUCCUCCUCGGUGAAGCCGACCUGAAACUCUGCUCGAGGCCCCGUCGGCUACCCCUGGAACAGUCCCUCCCUCUUCCCCUCAAGGACCUGGCACCUUCUGUCCUGCGAUCGUGGAGCUUGUACCAAGGACGCAGCCACAGCCACUACCAGCUCCGCCAAAUCUCAAAAAGCCUGAUCUUCAGUGUCUGUGUCUGAGACGGGCCAAGAGCUAAAAAGAACAGUCCAGCAACACACAUGAGCUUGCCGCUUAAAUAUGUCCUGGUUUGUUUUGUCACGUGUUCAUAAUGUUUAAAAAAAGCAGGCAGUAUCCCUGUUCUGAUCGAACACAAAUAGCGUUCGUCAGUGUUAAGGGAAAUGACUACACACUUUCAAACACAGGCACCCCCCCGCCGAAGCAAGCUAGACCUUAUUUCUGCUACUGUUCCCAAAACGCGGCUUUGGCAUGGUUGGAUUUCAUUGAAAAAUUCCUGGCUGGAAGGCUUGCGAGGAUACGUCAGUCUCUACAUGCAUCCAAGUUCACAGUCCAUUUAAAAAGAAAACACACGUCCUCUUUGGCUGCGAUGUCUCCUCGUCACAGUUGUAAAAAGUUUAAAGCAACCGGAGCACACUGGAAGCCAUGCAGACAGGAGAGACAGGUGAACUGAUCAAUCAGUCAACUCGCUCGGAUGUCCCCUAACACGGGGCGGAAACGAGGGUUUUACCUGUGGCUGGAAAGACGUGAGCAUGAUGUAGGGCCUUGCCGCACAGGAAAGGAAGAGAGCGACCCUGACCUUUCUGCAUCACAGACUGAAGUCUGGAGAACCAACCCUGGCGGGCAGAGAACCGCCGAACCGCCUGCCAAAGGCCGCUCUCGGCGUCCCUGACACGCAAUGACCCAGGGAUGGAAGUCUUGCCUUAUUUCACACAUCUGGACGGGGGCUGUGCCGAUGUGAAUCAACAUUUAAAAUAAAGUAUGAACACUUUAAAAGUCACCUAAAAUAUAGUGUUUACAUUCUUUAGGUCCUGUG